CCACAUUUGUCGACUUUCUUUCUUCCAAAAUCCCUCUCCCUUUCACCAUCAUCUCCCCCUUUGAUCAUUUCCUUCUAUAGAAUCAUCACAAAGAGAAACAAACAAACAAAAUGAGGAAUCCAAGUUCAUCAGGAGCUCCGGCAGGAAGGCCCACGCCAUGUUGUAGCAAAGUGGGGAUAAAGAGAGGACCAUGGACACCUGAAGAAGAUGAACUCUUGGCCAAGUACGUCAAGAGAGAAGGCGAAGGCCGGUGGCGCACACUGCCCAAGAAAGCAGGCUUGGUUCGCUGCGGGAAGAGCUGUCGCCUCCGCUGGAUGAAUUAUCUUCGACCCUCUGUUAAGCAUGGACGCAUCAAUCCUGAUGAGGAAGAUCUCAUCCUUCGCCUCCAUAGAUUGCUCGGCAACAGGUGGUCUUUGAUAGCUGGCAGGAUACCGGGGCGCACCGACAAUGAAAUCAAGAACUAUUGGAAUACCCAUCUUAGUAAGAAGCUCAUUAGCCAAGGAUUAGAUCCUAGAACCCACAAGCCAUUAAACCCUAAUUAUAACAAUCCCAGUACCUCUCAAAUCCAAAACCCUAAUCCUAGCUUAUCUGAAUUUGGGGAAACAAGUGGCAGCACUAUUAAGCAAGCCAAACCUACCACAAGCAGUGAGUAUAUCCCAGCCACUAACCAUGAUGAUGAUGAGAAUAAGGUUGUCAAUGGUGCUACUAAUGAGGUUAAUUGGCAUAGUUUUGAUGGAUUUGUGAUGGGAUCUCAAGGCCAUAUACAAGGGUACAACAAUAAAGAAGAAGAAGAAGACUAUUUGAUGGGGAAUUACUGCUUCAAUUAUGAGGAUACUAGAUUUUCUUCAUUAUUUAUGGACUCCAUGAUGGAUGAAAAUGGGUUUGGAAAUAUGGUUGCACCCACAUCCUUUGAUCCUACUCUCCAUUCAUCUUCACAAGCCUUCAAUGUUCAUGAUAAUGGCACAAUUUGGGGAGAUCAAGUGUUGUCCACAAUAGGAGCCUUAGUUGAUCAUGAAGGAAGUAAUAAUAUUCUUAAGGAUCAUUAUCAUCCUUGAUCAUGCAUGGAGAAGCACAAAGAGGAGAAGAAGAAGAAGGGUUUGAUUUUAUUCUUGUGUUUUUUUUGGAAGUUUUAAUAUCCAAAAAAAUAAGUAAAGGGUUGGUAUGUUUUUAAAAUUAUUUCUGUGUGUGUAGAUAUUAUUCAUGAUGAAACCAUAUAGAUAUGUAGUAUUGAGUGAUAAAUGAUUUCUGUCAAUUAUUGUAUUGUGUAAUAUAUCCUUUAAUUAAUUUGUUACUUAAACUGUAUUUCUAUAAUUCAUGCAUUUAUAAUUA